GCUGCGCUGUAAGCAGCGGGGAAUGCCCGGGCUGGGGGACGAGGCGGCGCCGGGGGAGGCAGAGCGGGGCUGUGCUCCUCAGCCCGCCUAGAGCAGGUGAGGCGGGAAGCCGAGGCGCUCUGCGGGCGGAUCCAAGCGGCUGCGCCCGCCCUGCCCCCGAGAGCCGAGCUGCCCUCCCUCGGCUGCCGGCAUGGACGCGCGCGUUCGGCAGGCGGUCGCCCCACCGCCCUCAGGAAGAAAAUCUAAAGCGCCGCCUCCUCCAUGUGAAAAAAAACCCAUUACCGUUUCUGCAUUUGAUGACACAGAAUCGACCAAUCUCAUCAUGGAACAGAAAGAGAAUGUUAUCGACAAAGAUAUUGAACUCUCAGUGGUCCUGCCAGGAGAUGUGAUCAAAUAUACUACAGUUAAUGGGAGGAAGCCCAUGAUGGACUUGUUGAUCUUUCUCUGUGCACAGUAUCAUUUAAAUCCAUCAGGUUAUACUAUAGAGCUGGUAUCAGCAGAAAAUAGCCAGAUUAAAUUCAAACCCAACACACCGGUGGGAAUGCUUGAAGUUGAAAAGGUGAUUGUAAAGCCAAAACAAAUAGAUAAGAAGAAACCUGCUCCUGUUAUACCAGAGCAAACAGUAAGGGUAGUGAUAAACUACAAGAAGACACAGAAGACAGUAGUAAGAGUUAGUCCACAUUCACCCCUUCAAGAACUCAUACCAAUUAUCUGUAGUAAAUGUGACUUUGAUCCUUCACACACUCUACUGUUGAAGAAUUACCAGUCUCAAGAACCCCUUGAUGUGACAAAAUCUCUUAAUGACCUUGGGCUAAGAGAAUUAUAUGCCCUGGAUAUCAGUCGAGCUACAUCACCAGUUGAUUUAAAUUUACCGUCAUUCCAAGACUCCUACCAAUCUGAAAACUUAGAUGUUCUGAAGGAGAAAGAAAACAAAGGAUUUUUUAGUUUUUUUCAACGAAGCAAGAAGAAAAGAGAACCAGCUGCCAGUGCCCCAGCAACUCCAUUGAUGAGCAAGCCAAGGCCUACAUUCAUCGUGAGAUCUAACACUGUUAGCAAGCAGUACGAUUCAAACACUCUACCCUCUGAAAUGCCAAAGAAGCGGAGAGCUCCUUUACCACCCAUGCCCAGUUCCCAGAGUGCUCCCCAGGAUCUUGCACAAGCUGAAGUCAGACUGGCAGCUGAUAUUGUGAAAUCGAGCAGCCUUGAUAGGAAUGAACAGGCCCCUCUGGGAUUAGUGCGGAAGGGUUCUCUGCCGCUCAGUGACACCGCUUCCGUGAACUCGUCUCUACGGAGGAUGAAGCGCAAAGCACCCUCACCACCCUCUAGAGCACCAGAAGAUCAAAGUGAAAGCAGUAAUGAGACUGUAACAGAGUCAGUAGAAUCAGCCCCUACUAAAGCAGAAGAAGGACUCACCAAAAUGCAGUCUGAAACAGGUGUAAGGAACUCGGAAAAUAACCUCGAAGAAAUUGAUGAAAGGGAAGAAAUGAGUGUGCAACAGAGAGAGGACAGUGAAAGUACAAAUACCUCUCUUGAGACAGGAGAGGUUACUACAGUCUUCAACUCUGCUGAGAUACCACUGAAAACUGAAAAAAAUGAUCCUGCUUCAUCAAUUCCUGGCAGUGUUUCUGUAGACUCACAAAGCUUCAAGGAAGAAAAACAAGAAAAUAUGAGCACAGAUGGCAAAGGACUACAGACUAAGAUAAGCAGUGAACAAGCUGCAUUUGAAAAAGACAGGAAGCUUAGAAUUUUGGAUCAAAAUAAGACUGAUGAUCACAGUGAUGCAAAGCUCCUUCCAGCAACAGAAGAAGGGAAAGAACUUCAGACAGCUGAAAUUAAACCUGUAGAUUUUAGAGAAAAUGACAAGCUUGAAGAUGACAGACUAUCAGACUGCCAGGCAUAUAAAAAUGACAUCUCUGUAAGUCAUAGGAAUGAUCCUCAACUGAUUCCAGAAAAGCAAGAUCAGAAAACAAAUCAAACCAGUCUGGACACAGUAAAAACUCAGGAUGUUGCAAUCCAGACAGGUCCAUCAAAUAGCCAUUUGGAAAGGACUACACAGAAAGAAGUUACCAUUCCUCAGGGCUGUGAAUCAUCCACAUUCAGAGAAACGGUCUCUCAACACAACACAGAUACAAAUGACCCCCUUCUUCAAGUGAUGCAUGGAAUAAAAGAGGAUGAAGAUACUCCAGUGAAACAAAAUCUUGAGAGGCAAGAAUUCACGUGUGAAAAAGUAAUUCCUAUAAAAGAUCAGAGUCAUUUUUGUACAAAUGGCAGUAAUUUUGCUUCACUGGAUACAACUGCAAAAAUGGCAGAUGUCUCUCCUCUAAAAGGUCACCCUCUUUAUAGACAGGACACCAAACCUAAACCCAAGCCUGCUAAUGAAAUUACAAGGGAUUACAUACCAAAAAUUGGAAUGACUACUUAUAAAAUAGUGCCUCCAAAAUCCUUAGAAAUAAUGAAGAGCUGGGAAUCAGAAAUUUCGUCAAAUCAUAAGGAUCAAGAGGUAUCUAGUUUGGAAGACUCACUGAAACAUGAAGACUCCAAAGAAUUCAUAGUGCAAGCUGAAAUUCCUCAUCUUCGAAAAAGUGUGGAUCAUUUACAGGUUGGUUCACAGAAUGAACCUGCAGCAGCAUAUGAUCAUCUGCACAGAGUUAACAGCAUUUCUGAACCUGUUGUGACAUUUGGAGCUGAGAUUACUACUGAGAGCAAUCAGACAGAAACAGAGUCUUCUAAACAGCAUGUCCCACUGAUGCUAAGCUUAGAUAAUACAAAUACUACUUCUGAGACUCAGGGCAAGUCAAAUGCUUUAAGUCCUGCAAUGAAGCCUAGUUCUUUUUAUCUGCAGAUGCAACGGAGAGCUUCAGGUCAUUAUGUGACAUCUGCAAUUGCCAAAAGUAACCUUUGUGUUCCUAAUUCUAUUCAAAAUGAAGCCAAGAAUACAGAGAUGGGAAGAAAAAUCUCAUCACCCGAUCCAACUUCUUUGUCUUUACGUAAAACAAGUACUUCCUCUCUUCCGGCAGAUGAAGAAAAAGUUGAUGAUGGAAAACAAAUGGAAUCCUCCACUUCUCCUGUUAGAAGCAAUAUACCUUCAAAUGUUCCCUCCUGUCCACCAGCACCGUUGAACCUAAAAACUCUAAGAACUUUUGCAGUUCCAAAGCCAUACUCCAGCUUGAGACCGUCCCCUUUUGCUCUUGCCGUCUCUUCUGCAGUCAAGAGGUCCCAGUCGUUCAAUAAGACACGUACAGUGCCCAGCCAGGCACCGAGAGAGGAGUUCCCUGUUGAACUCUCCUCUACUACUUUGGCAGCUGAAUUAUCCUCAGCUACCUCUGUGCCUCAAGUGAAAAUCCCUUCCUUACAGACUGUAACAGGGGGGUCACAAAAUAGCCUGAUGUACAAGAAAUUCAGCAAUGAGAAUAGUGAGCAGAGGAGUCAGGCACAGUCAGGUGCUUCUACCGACCACCCACCCCCUGUCACUAAGACACAAACUGCAAUGAUGUUCCAGCGCUCUGACCCAGAACAGAUCCACCAGAGCUUGCUGGCUGCAAUCCGCUCUGGAGAAGCUGCUGCCAAGUUGAAAAGGGUUGGUCCUCCAACAAACACCAUGUCUGUGAAUGGAAGAGCCAGGCUUUCUCAUUUGUAUUCCACAGAAGCAAAAGCUAGUCACUAGAUAUUAUACCAAAUAUUUUGCACUUUACUACUGCUUCAUAGGCCAAUUAAAUACUAACUACAAAUUUUUGAAAGUGUAAAUGCAAGUAUAUGUUAAUAUAUUUUUGUCAGUUGUUAUAGGAAUUUCAAGAUGGGUCCUUUGCCUUGGAAAGAUUAUUAGCAUAUGUAAAUUAUGGUAGUAUUUUACCUUUUCAUAAAGCUGACUAUGCUGCUAAAAAGGUUUAAGAGAAGGUGUAGAUGAGCUUUGCUUAUGUUAAGAAUUUUUGAUUCUCAUUCAGAUUUUAGCCUUCAAGACUGAAGCACUCUGUAGCACUCUGAUAAAAUUACAGAUUUAAAGCAAUCUAAGAUUUUUAGAUAAUUAAUUUUCAAUUGUGUAUUACUAUAACAGGUUGUAUGAAUUUAAAUCCACCACAUGCUGCCUCCAAAUAACUUUGUUAAAUUAAAUUUGUAAUUAGUAGAAAAUCUUAACUAUAUGCAAUAUUUUGUUUCUGUUUGAAAAAUAGAUGGUUUGGUUCCUUCAGCUGAGAGUAGUUGGGAUAAGUAUUUUGAUUUUUUUUCUCCUUUAUUUUUUUUUUCCUGGUAGCACACCAAAAGAAAAAAAAGGGGACAUAAAUUAUUGGAAAUGUUUGUACUACUUAAAACUUUUCUUAACAGUAGCACUACAUGAUGUUUCUCAUUUAUGCUUUGAGUACCUGUGUAUAGUAUUUGCCUGUCAUUCAGAUCAGCAAUUUUUUUUGUGAACUACAGAUAUUUUAAAAGUCAUCAGCAUAUAGUCACUUACUAAUAAAAUGCAAAUUCCAGUUUUGAUACUUAAGGAAAUUGAAGAUUUUUGGGUUUUCCUGCUGCAAGUAUGACUAAAGAAUGAACUGCUUUGGACUUAUUCAUGUAAAAUAUUUUAAUCUUAAAACAUCACAAUUAUAUACUUACAAUGCAUUCCUGUGUCUGGGAGCAUCUAUUUAUAGAUUAAGCAUUAAAUACCAAAAUGGGAAUAUAUAUAUGUAUUUUAAAAAAAGCUUAAUGUUACAUUUUAUCUGUUUUGCAUUUCUUGUCAAGCUUGUACAUUUUGGGAAGAGGGGUGGAAAUAUAAUCACACUUAUGAUAAAACAGCUAGACUAUGGAUGUGUGCAGCAAGUGCUGAGGUAUUUGUCAUAAAAAACCAAUUAUUGCUGGACUUGAUUUAAUUGAAAAUAAUUGUAUUUAGUUUCUCAUCUUUAACAAUAUGUUUAUUUUGUACUUUAGAGACAAUUCUGUUACUUAGUUUCAGAAAUUGAUCUAUAUUUGUAUUUCCAAGGGGUAUUAAUGGUUCGCUGCCAGGUUUUUGUGCAAUAAUCUCAAAGAGGUGUCUUUACUUUUCUAGUACAGAGACAAUUAUGAGUUACAAAUAAUAAUGUUAACUUAAUGCUGAAAACCUUCAAGGACCCUUUUAGUAAAUAAAAAUUCAUAAACAGAGCUGAUGAACACCUGUUCACUGCUGUUCUCUCCUGUUUUCUCUCCUAUAUCUUAGUCCUCUGGCAAUGUAUAUUUACCACUUCUUUCUCCUGGUUCUUGCCUCCAAUCAAGGGCUCAUUCCAAGGGGAGGGGGAACUCACAUGGUAGCAGAAAAGAUCUUGUGAAGGAAUGAUUCAUCCUUCACUUAAAGAUGGUGAGAUUGAAGAGGUAGGGUGUAUUCCUAGUUUCUAACUAGGGCUUACAUUCUAGAUUACACUGCAUCUUGAAGGACAGACUUGAAGUACUUCCAGGACUCUAUUGUCUGUGAUUGUUGUGAUAUUUCAAGUCUGUGUUUCAAGUACUCCUAUACAGUGUGCUGAUCUGUAACUGCCACGGGGAGGUUACACUGUGAAAGGAAUCUCCAUGUUUGCACUUUGGGUGGGAGGAGGUCACAUUUUUUUUUCUCAGAACUUGAUAUUCUUUGCCAAGGUGACUGAAGUUAUUUCAAUAAGACUAAUUUAAUCUCCAUCUGUGUUAAUACAAGCCCAAUUACUCUGCUGGGGGAAAGUUCAAAUAACUGUGCUUUGUUGUUGUUCUCUUUGGUUUUGACUACAAAACUAUACUACUGUAUGUUCCUUAGUCCCAUGUGUUAAAAGUAUAUUGCCCUUUUAUGUGAACUGCUGAAGGCAAAUACCAUCUUAUGUAACAAAGAGUAAAACUAAAACCACCUUGAUUGGAUUUUAGUUUCUUGUUUGUGUAUCUGAACUUGCUUGAUAAUUAACUGAAAUGUCUACACACGCUAUAGUACUGUGAAACUCUUCAAUGAGAUUUUCUGUUACUAGCUGGCAAUAUUGUUUAGCAAAACUUUCUCUUCCCCUUUCUUCUGACAUAAAUGUGUAAUACAUUUUAAAAUCUUGUUAUUGUAUAUCUAGAGACUCAUUUCUUCUUAUAGUCUUUUAUUAAAUUCCUCCAGAAAACCUCUUGUUGGUGAACUUGACAUGUUUAUUCCUUGUUCAAGCAAGAAAACAUUUCUGCUCAAGUACCAAGUGUUUCUACCAAAUGCAACCCCAAAUUAGACAGCAGUACAUUGUUGUGGAUGCCUUACAUGAUAGGAAAACAGACUUAUUUUGGGGCCUGAAAAUACUUACAGUUUAGGCAACCUGUAUCAUAAGUAUCUUCCAAUAGAAGGCAACUAGUUAUGCCACAUCACUUACAGUCCUCUUGCUGCUUUUAA